CACUUGACAUUAUUCAUUAUAUAUCUAUCACUUUGCAAACCAUUCUCCUCUGGUUAUCUGCCUAAAUUGCAAUUGUUUCCCUUUGGCCUUUUUAUUUCCUUCUUCUAGCAACAAGAGACCAUGGCUGUCUUCCUGGGACAGGCACUUGCCACUUCAAUCAUUCAGGUGACAAUUGAUAGACUGGCUUCUCCUGAAGUCAUAGACUACUUCAAGGGAAGGAAACACAGUGAUGACUUGCUACAAAAGUUGAAGGUUAUGCUGAUAUCUGCUAAAUCAGUGCUCAUUGAUGCAGAGGAGAAGCAAUUUACAAACCCAGCUGUGAAAAAUUGGCUGGAUGAGCUUAAAGAUGCUGUUUAUGUUGCAGAUGACCUUCUGGAUGAGAUUGCCACUGAAGCCUUACGAUCCAAGUCAGAAGCUGAAUUUCAAAGUUGCACUAGUAAGGUAUGGCGCUUCGUCUCUACUUCAUUUGACAAAAAGAUAAAGUCAAAGCUAGAAAAUGUUCUAGAUAUAUUACAAAUGGUCAUAGAACAAAAGAAUGUCCAUAAUCUGAAAGAGGUUGUCGGUGGAGUACCACUACCACCACGACAAUUAACAACUUCUUGUCCUGAAGAAUGUGGUGUGUAUGGUAGAGAUAUUGAUAAGGAGGAGAUAUUUAAGAAGUUGCAAUUAGAUAAUGCAGAUGGUGAUGAGAUAUGUGUUGUUCCUAUAGUGGGCAUGGGUGGGGUUGGUAAAACAACCCUUGCUCGGCUUGUAUAUAAUGACAACCAAGUAAAGGAGAAUUUUGAUCUCAAAGCAUGGGUUUGUGUUUCAGACACAUUUGAUAGUUUUAGAAUAGCAAAAACUAUUUUUGAAGAGCUCACUUUGUCUAACUGUGACAUUCAUAGCUUGAAUUUGUUACAAAUUAGAAUAAGAGAGAGCUUAAAGGGAAAGAAGUUUCUCCUUGUUUUAGAUGAUGUUUGGAAUGAGAAUUAUAGUACUUGGGAUGAGUUACUUAGAGUGUUUAGAUGUGGGGCACAAGAGAUCAAAAUCAUUAUUACAACACGAAGUGAAAAUGUUGCGUCAAUUGUGCACCCUAUUUCAAUUCAUCGUAUAAUGCAAUUGUCUGAUGAAGAAUGUUGGUUGUUAUUUGCCAAGCAUGCAUUUAAAAAUGGAGAAUCGAGUGAAAAUUCAGAUAUAAAACUAAUUGGUAAAGAAAUUGUUCAUAAGUGUAAAGGGUUGCCUUUAGCUGCAAAAGCACUUGGGGGUAUGUUGCAGUCUAAGCAAGACCUAAGAGAGUGGAAUCAUAUUUUGGAGAGUGAUAUAUGGGAUCUACCAGAAGAUAAAUGUGAUAUCCUUCCAGCCCUAAGAUUGAGCUACCACUACCUCCCAUCACAUUUGAAACAAUGCUUUACUUAUUGCUCAAUCUUUCCAAAGGAUUAUGAAUUUUCAAAGGAGGAGUUAGUCUUGUUGUGGAUGGCAGAAGAUUUAUUGUUGAAACCCAAGGGAAAUGGAAGCAUGGAAGAAAUAGGUGAGCAAUACUUUAAUGAGCUACUAUCGAGGUCAUUUUUUCAACGAUCAAAUAAUGAUGAACUAUGUUUUAUAAUGCAUGACCUUUUUAAUGACUUGGCAAAAUUUAUAUCUGGAGAAUUUUCUUUUAGGUUGGAGAUUGAUAAUUCAAGUGAAAUUACAAAAAAAAUGCGUCAUUUGUCAUAUUUUCUAAUUGAAUUUGAUGUCCCUAAGAAAUUUGAGGUGUUUUAUGAAGCCAAGAAUUUGCGAACCUACUUGGGACUAGAAUUGCCAUCUACAUCAGAGUUUCAAUAUGAUAAUAUAUCAACAAUGGAGGUAAACAAUUUGUUGUGCACAUUUAAGUGUUUACGAGCAUUAUCAUUGUCUCUCUAUGAAUUAUUAGCUGUGUUACCUGAUUCUGUUGGAAAUUUGAAACAUCUUCGCUAUUUGAAUCUUAAUGGCACCGAUAUCAAAGGCUUGCCUGAUUGUGUGUGUGGUUUGUAUAAUUUGCAAACUUUGUUAUUGAGGAAUUGUUAUUGCCUCGAAGAGUUGCCAACCAACUUGGGAAGACUGGUAAACUUACGUCACCUAGAUAUAAGAGGGACCCGUUUGAAAGGGAUGCCAAGACACAUGGGUAAAUUGAGAAGUCUCCAAAAUUUAAGUGCUUUUUAUGUGGGAAAAGGAGAACAUAGUUGGAGUAACAUUAAAGAGUUGGGAGAGUUUCCACAUCUUUCUAGAUCAUUGUGUAUAUCAAAUUUGGAAAACGUUUGUCAAACAAGAGAUGCAGAGGAGGUUAAUUUGAAGGAUAAGAAGGGCUUGUCAGAGUUGGAGUUGGAAUGGGGAGGAGGUCGUGAGAACUAUGAUUCAGAACAUGAAAGAGAUGUGCUUGAGCAGUUGUGUCCUCAUACGAACUUGAAAUCUCUCUCUAUCAUAUCUUAUUAUGGUGCAGAAUAUCCAAGUUGGUUAGGAGCAUGUUCAUUCUCUAAUAUGGUGUCCCUAAAGCUUGACGAUUGUAAAUACUGUUCCUCCUUGCCUCCACUUGGGCUGCUACCUGCCCUUAAGGAGCUCUCAAUUGAAGGUUUGAACGGAGUAUCAUGUGUGGAUAGUAAGUUCUACGGAGAUGGUUCUUGUGCAACUAACAAGCCAUUUAAAUCCCUUGAAAAAUUAAAAUUUAGAAGGAUGCUAGAGUGGAAGGAAUGGUUUAUAUUUGAAGGUGAAGAUGAAGGCGGAGUUUUCCCAACCCUCCGAGAGCUUCACAUUAUCAAAUGUCCCAAGCUUACGGGAAAUCUGCCCAGUUUACUUCCUUCUUUAAGUGUAAUUAAAAUUAGAGAUUGUCCCCAGCUUGUUGCUUCACUUCCUAGUCCUUCGGCUCUCCAUGAAUUGGCCUUGACGAAUUGUGAUAAGGUGGUAUUGAAGGAAUUAUCUCCUAAGCUACAAAGUCUUGGAAUUGGAGGAUGCCACGUGACUCUCCUUGAGGGUGGUCUACCCACUACUUUAAAAACACUUCAAAUCAAUGGAGUACUUCAGUUGCCUGGGAGUCAUUACUAUCCAUCAAUUGAGAGCUUGAAGGUAAAUAAAGGUCCCGGUUCACUUUGGUCUUUACCAUUAGAGUUUUUCCCAAAACUCAAAUCUAUCGAAAUUUGGCAUUCUGAUAAUCUUGAAUCUCUUUCGGCAUCAGAUAAAUCUCUCUUGGAUCUAACUUCUCUCACUCUCCAUGAGUGCCCUAAUUUUGUAUCCUUUCCCAGCGGGGGAUUGUGCGCCUCAAAUUUGACACAGAUUUUUAUUUGGCGCUGUUAUAAGUUAAAGUCACUUGCUGAAGGUAUGCACACCCUCCUCCCAUCUCUUCUAUAUUUGCAGUUGGAAGAAUGUUCAGAAUUGGAAUCAUUUUCUGAAGGGGGUUUGCCCUCCAAUUUACAAAUACUUCAAAUCGCAUUGUGCGACAAACUCUUUCUCAGACGCAUGGAGUGGGGUUUACAGAGUCUUCACUCUCUCAGAGAAAUUAGAAUUUGGUAUGACGGCAGAGAAGUGGGUUCCUUUCCGGAGGAGGCGUUGUUGCCCCCUUCUCUUAUCCGCCUCAACAUUUUAUUCAAACAUCUGACAUCACUCAAUGGUAGGGGGUUUCAACACCUUACCUUGCUUAAACAGUUGAUUUGCGACUGCGAAAACCUCCAGCGCUUACCAGAAGAGGGCUUUCCCGCCUCCCUUUCUAUUCUAGAUAUUCAGGACUGCCCUUUGCUAAAAAAGCGGUAUCGGAGAAAGAAUGGAAAAGAAUGGCGCAAAAUUUCUCAUAUCCCCAUCGUAAGGAUUGAGUCAUCAUAUAAGCUAUGA